CUAAUGAGCCUUACAUGCGUGAGUUCGCUGGUGUACGACGACUUCCGUCGACCAGUUCACAGUUGUGCCUGUGACAACGGCGACGGUUGUGUGCCUAAUCGCUUUUUCUUGUAGAAGCUGGGGCCCUCAGAGGCGGAGUCAAGGAUUACUGCAGAUUUGCUGGGGGGACGUUCCAAGCCUGGACGCGGCUCUGGCGCACAGCGGCUGCAGCCUGAGUGAGAGGGUGCUUGUUGUGGCGGCCGCUGCCGGGCACACGGCGGCCUGCGAGCGGCUGCUGCAGGAGAGCUGUGUGGUGGAGCUAGCCGCCGCCCGUGCUGCGGCGGAGGCGGGCCACCUGCACCUGUGCUUGCUGCUGUGGGCCAAGCGCAGCCAGGACUACACACUAUGCCAAAUAUGGACGAGAACGAAUUUGACGCAGUGGUGGAUGUGGCAGCGGCCGCGUGCCGCGGCGACAUGCUGCAGUGGCUGGAGACGCACGCGGGGCUGUACAAUGCGGCGUCACGCCAGGGCGGGGACCAGUGGCGGCAUUAUAUCAAUGAGGAAUUGGCAGCGGCGGCGGCGCGCAGCGGCCACGUGUCGCUGCUGCGCCUGCUGCUGGCCAGGCUGCCGCAGCCCAGCGCCGGCUCUGGGGCGAGCAGGUGGUCCCGCCUGCUCCGCGACGUCGCUCUGGGCUGCCCGCUGCCUGUGCCCCGCCGCGAGCUGGCGCCGGCCAGUGGCGGCAGCUGCUGGAGCCGCGACAGGCGCAGCCGGGAGGGCAACGCCUGGGUGUAUAAUCGUGGCUUUGGCUACAAUUGGGCAGCCGCGCGGCCCGACUACGAGCAGCGCCUGAGGUACCUGGUGGAGGAGAAGGGCGCGGAGGCGCUGCCGGCGGAGGUGGCAGUGGCGGCGGCCGCAGCGAGCGACGUGGCAGCGCUGCGCUUUCUGCUGGAGGAGUGCGGCAUGCGGCUGCCAGACACAUGCGUCUCCGGGGCCGCGCAGUGCGGACAGGACGCGGUGCUGGAGUAUCUGAGGGGCCGGGGGCAGGUGCCGAGCUACAGUCUUGACGGCCGCACCCUAGACAGGGGCGCGGCACCGGUGGGCGUGUUGGCAGCUGCGGCAUUGGUGGCGGCACAUAAUGCGGAGGACGGGGCAUGCCGCCCAACCCAGGAACGCGGCUUCUGGUCGCGCGUCGUAGUGCGCGCGGCAAGCGACGGCGCCGACAUCGCCACGCUCCGCUACCUGCAUGAAAAGCUGGGCGCGGAGGUGCAUGCAGCUGCGGUGCAUCGCCCGGGCGGGCUCCCUGGAGCAGCUAGAGUGGGCGCUGGGCUGGACGGCAGCUAUUCGGAGAACCAUUGGGAGUGGCUGCGCGCUGCAUUCCUUGCCAGCCCUGUGCCGCCACACGCCACAGCCGCAUCCACCGCCGAGCGGUUCGAUGCCGCCAUCGCGUCCGAUCUGGAGGCGGCUAACAUCGUUGGAAGGUGGUGGAAGGUGGCGAAGUCUAGGCACAAGGAGGCGGAGAAGGACAAGGCGGAGGAGUGGGAGGAGGAAGUGAAGGAGGAGGAGGAGCGGGAGCGUAUGCAUGGCGUGAUGGAGGUGCGGGCGGUGGUGGCGGGGGACCUCGAGAGGCGCUUCUGGGGCUGGGUGGCGGCGGAGGGGUGGAAGCGGGCGGUGGCAGAUGCGCAGGCCGAGUAUGGGGACGAGUCAGAGGAAGACAGUGAGUCCACCGGCAGUGACGACGGCGAUGAUGAUUCCGAUUACCUGGACCCGGAUUCCCCCCGGUCCUAGCCGUGUGCGUUGGAGGUUUGUCACGGUGGUGUGGCGGUCAUGACGCGCGCGCGUGUGGCGGCCACACCACAGCGGGGUGGGCUGGACACUGGACACGGGUGCGUGGAUGCACGGUGAGUUGUUGGUUGGGUGGACGAAGCAGCUGCGACCUGCAUUGCAAUUGUGUGCAAUGGCAGUGGGGCCAGCGUGCACGGCGUGAACGCUGUUGAGUGCAUGGGGCAGGGUGGGUUUCAGGUGAGGGCGUUGCCGCAUCAGUCACUGGCCGGAGCACCCAAUAUAUUUGCAGCAUUUGCGAGGAAAGGGGGCCUGCUGAUGCAGUGCACGAGCUAGCGUGCACGCCAAGCAAGUAACAAGAACGCAU